UCCAAGUCUCCUCGCAGAAGCAGCUCCAACUCCGUACGGUGUGUGUCUCGAGAUCGUAAAACAGAAAAAAGUAAUACUCUUUUUUUUUUUGAAAACCGCCAUUUUGGAAAGUUCAAGUCUUUUCCACGUGAUUUCUUCGCUAAAAGUCCAGAGUUCUUUUAAAAGAAAAUCUUGAAAGAUGGCCGCCAUUCGUAGCAUGACCGAUUACUACAAGCGCAUGGAGGACGCCAGCACCAAGCUGGUGGUCUUGGACUUCUACGCCGACUGGUGCGGUCCCUGCAAGGCGAUGGACAGCACCGUCAAGUCCCUGGCGCGAAAGUACUCCACCAAGGCGGUGGUCCUCAAGGUCAAUGUGGACAAGUUCGAGGAGCUGUCGGAGAAGUAUCGCGUCCGGAGCAUGCCCACGUUCGUCUUCCUCAAGAACAAUCGCAAGGUGGGCGGCUUCUCGGGCGCCGACGAGGAUAAGCUGACCCACAUGAUGGCCAAGCUGGUCAAGUAGGAUCCAUCCCGAUACUCCACCCAGGCAGAUGGAGCUGGUCUUCUCAAGAGUCCGUCUUGUCUCCUUUUUUAAUUUUUAAUGUUAAAUGUUUUUUUAAAAAAUCAACAGCAUCUGUGAUGCGCGCGUGUGGUUCAAUUAAGAUUAGUAACGAUUCUUAUUUAUUUUUUUUCAAUUCUUAACUAUAUUUAAGCUUAACACUAACAAAAAAAAAGAAGCAAAAAAUCAAUUCCGAUGUCAUGUAUGUAUUAGUGCCAGGGACGUGUCUGCGACAUUAUUUUUCAAAAUUAUAACUUAAAUAUAUAGCUUAAAUAAAU